AUGUUGCAGGCGUGGAACUCUUUUUAUUCCUGUAUUUCCGCCAAACUAUGGUCAUUUUUAGAAUGUUGUGCAAGUCCUUCCGUAACUUUUCUAGAAUUUUCUAAUUUUGCAGGAAGACCAGAAGAAUGUGAUGUUAAAUAUGGUGAAAUAACAAAGCAACAACAAGAAUUUAUACAUGAAGUAUCACCAUUAAAAUCAAAUGAAAAUCAACAAUCAAGAACAGUUAAAAUUGUACAUCCAAAACCACCUAAAUUAAAUGAAUCAUAUUUUAUUCCUAAUAUUUUUAAUGAUAUUGGAAUGGAUGACAAUAAUGAUGAUAUUGAUAUACAAGAACAUGGACAAGAACAAGAUGAUAUAUCAUUGAAUGAAAGUUAUGAUGUUGAUAUAUAUAGUAAACCGAUAUCUCGUGCUGUACAAACAGAUAAAUUUGAUGUUGUUAAAUUAAUGAUUGAAAAUGAUGCUUUAAAAAACAAAGUCAAAUCUCUUAGUCAAACAAUAACCAGUACGAAAAAAACACAUGUUCGUAUGCCUAAAAAAAGUACUAUUGAAUAUUUUAAAUAUGUAAUUGGAAGAAGUGAAACUGAUCAAAAUAAACAACAUCCAACAAUACCAUUAUCACCAUCUAGUUUACAUGUUUGUCAAAGUACAACAAUAACAACAACAAGUAGAAUUAUUAGAAAAUUAUUUCCACUUGAGAUUAUGAAAAAACAUGAUUUUAAACGAAGUAGUUUAAUUGAUGAAGAACUAGAAAGAAAUAUACACGAAAGAACUCGUAAUACCUCGCAAUCCAUAGCUAGUCGAUCAGCUGAACGUUUUAUUCAAUCGAAGAAGAGGGAUAAUCAAUCAUGUUUUGGAGAAACUGUUGAUCCAUCAUUAGAAACAAGAUCAAUUUGUAUACCUUGUGCGGAAGCGGCGACAAGGAAUGAUGAAUCACUUUCUGCAAGAUUACUUUAUCCAGAUCCACAUGCAUUUAAGCACCGUUCUGCAUCUGGUGAAAGGGCAAUGAGAGAAGAGCCAGAAAAUACGAAUUUUUGUUCAUGGGAAGAAUGCAGUCCAUUCUACCAAGCAUGUCGGGAAAAUAAAAUUGAUGAUGUUAAAGAAUUUCUUAGAACAAUGAUACCAGAGGAAAUUGAUAAAAUGGAACCAAAUGGUAGUACAGCGUUACAUAUGGCAUGCUAUUAUGGAAAUAUCGAAAUUGUUAGAUUAAUAUUAGAUGCUGAUGCCGAUAGAGGCGUAACAAAUAAAUUUAAAUGUUUACCGUAUGAUGAAGCAGCCAGUGACGAAGUUAAAGCUCUGUUCAUCCGUGUACCAACGAGUAAUCGUUUGGUAUCGAACACGGGUGCUGUAGAAUGGGUAUUAAUUGAUGACGAUGUUUUGGAAAAAGCAGCUGACCCCCGUGGAUUGAUAAAAUAUGCAUAUGAUAGAAAUAUACCAAAUAUUGAUAAAAUGUUUGAUAGAAUACAAAAAAAUUACGUUGAUAAACUCUUACGUAAUAGUCGUGGCAUUGAUGGUAUUAAAAUAAGAUUAAUUUAUGUUGUCGAAAUAAAAUCUCAAGUAGUGUCCAACCUACCGCUUGUAAGACAUUUUCAGUAUUUGCUAAAUGCAAUGCACCGGUAA